CCCAAAACACGAUUUGCUUUUUCUCUCUCCCUCCCUGUUUUCUAUUUGAGUUAGGUUAGGAAUACCAAAAAUUAUAUUAAAUAUUUAAUCAAAUUUAUCAUAUAAGUGUGAGUUCUACGGAACGUAGAUUUACAUCAUAUAAAAUAUUUGAUCAAAUAUUUAAUAAAAUUUUGAGGCACCUAACAUUGUUGUUUCUAUUUAUGCUACAAAUCUCUAAUCCAAAUCUUGCCAAUAAGUUGGCAAUAAAUAAUCAACUCCUUCAAACUAGCAAAACCACCAUUUUUGAAUUUGGUUGAUCUAUCUAUUAAAUGGUUCAUUUAAAGAGUUCCAUUUAGCAUUAGAUAUAUCUAAUUCUCUGUCCCUCCCUCUCUUGGAGCUUCUUCUCUCUCAUGGCUGCCUUUACUCCAACUAAAUCUCUGUUACAUUCAUCAUCAUCCAAUCCAAAUUCUUCAUGUUUCUUCAAAACCCAUUUCGAUUCAGUCAGUUUUAAGAGGACCCAUUUGGGAUUUGAGAGAAAAAUCAGUACCAAAUGGGCACAAAAUGGAUUUUCAUUAGAGAGAGAGAGGAUCAAGGGGAGAGAGAAGCAGAGAGGAGGAUUGGAGGUGAAGUGUACGGCGGAGGGGAUAGAGAGGGGGUUGCUUGUUGGGGGGAGAGGGCAAGAAGGUAAUUUGACAGCCGUGCCGGAGAGGUUUAAGGUGGUGGCUUUAAUGGCUUGUGUCAUGUGUUUGUGUAAUGCGGAUAGAGUUGUAAUGUCCGUGGCUAUCGUUCCUCUUGCUGCCAAACAUGGCUGGAGCAGCUCUUUCUUAGGCAUCGUCCAGUCCUCAUUUCUAUGGGGAUACAUAUUUUCAUCAGUUGUUGGAGGAGCUUUGGUAGACAAAUAUGGAGGAAAGAGAGUGAUCGCUUGGGGCGUGGCCUUGUGGUCUUUGGCCACUCUCCUCACCCCAUGGGCUGCAAACCACUCGACAACCAGCCUCUUGGCUGUUCGUGCCUUCUUUGGUCUUGCUGAAGGUGUAGCUCUUCCUUCCAUGAACACCCUUUUAUCAAGGUGGUUUCCAAGCCAUGAAAGAGCCACAGCAGUUGGAAUAUCUAUGGGAGGAUUUCAUCUUGGAAAUGUUGUGGGCUUAGUACUCACUCCUAUAGCUAUGUCAUCGAUUGGAAUCGCUGGUCCUUUCAUCUUCUUCUCAUGCCUUGGACUACUCUGGCUCUCUACAUGGGCAUAUGGGGUUACAAACGAUCCCCAAGAAUGCCUGUUUAUCAGCAAAUCAGAGCUGCGUUUGAUCCAAGCUGGAAAGCCUGACACUUCAGCAAACAAGGGCGAGCUUCCAUCUCUGCACCUCCUACUGUCAAAACGGCCAACAUGGGCAAUUAUCUUUGCUAACAUUACUAACAAUUGGGGAUACUUUGUUCUUCUCACAUGGAUGCCAGUUUAUUUUAAAACGGUGUUCAAUGUGAAUCUAAAACAAGCGGCUUGGUUUAGUGCGGUACCAUGGGGAACAAUGGCACUUUCAGGCUACGCUGCAGGAGUAACUUCAGAUUUCUUAAUCAAAGCAGGGUACCCUAUAACAUUAGUCCGCAAAAUCAUGCAGUCUAUUGGUUUCAUUGGGCCCGGGAUAUCAUUACUCUGCUUGAACUUUGCCAAGACACCGGUGGUUGCAUCCAUUUUCAUCACAGCAGCCCUGAGCUUGAGCUCUUUCAGCCAAGCUGGUUUUCUACUUAAUAUGCAAGACAUUGCUCCUCAGUCAUCAGGAUUCCUCCACGGCAUUUCAAAUUCAAUUGCUACAUUGGCAGCAAUAAUGAGCACAAUCGGAACAGGUUACUUUGUGCAAUGGCUCGGAUCUUUUCAAGCAUUCCUUACUGUCACUGCUGCUCUCUACUUUGCUGCAACCAUCUUCUGGAACCUCCAUGCUACCGGAGAUCGGGUCUUCUAGACAUUAAUUUACACUUACCUCCUCAGUUUUCCAACAUCCGAAAAAUUGGAUGUAUCCUAGAAAAACAAAAGGAGGAAGGAAAAUAUGCAAAUAUGUAUUAAGGGUUGAAAUUUUGAGACAUUCUUUCUGGCAUUUGUAGUCUAGAUCGAAAGGUGAUUUUGUUUUUAUUUUUAUUUUUAUAUUUUUUAUUGUACAGUUUGUUAUAUAUUGUGCAUCAGAGAAAGAAGAUAGAGAGUGGGAAGAGACAGUGUUCAAGUUAACUGGCUCUAGUAUAUC